AUGGCUCCCCUCCCCUUACCCGGCUUCUCAUCCUUCACCAAAUCAUGGCACGCUGAGCCAUAUCCCUUCAUCUCACCCACGAGACCAGAGCUCUCUGCUGCUGGGAAGAAUGUUGUCAUCACCGGUGGCGGUACCGGAAUCGGUCAAGCUACUGGCAUCGCCUUUGCACAAGCUGAUGCCAAAUCCGUCGCCAUCGUCGGUCGAAGGCUCGAAUGCCUUGAAACUUCUGCAAAGGCAAUUCAGGCUGCAAACUCCUCAACCCAUGUUCUGUUCGAAAGCGGAGAUGUCACUAAACUUGAGUCCAUUGGCACCGCGCUCAAGAACAUCGUUGAGGAAGUCGGCAAAAUCGACAUUUUCAUCACCAACGCCGGCAUGUUACCGAAGGCUGGCCCAGUCUACGGGUAUGAUGAGGCUCAACUCCGUCAAUGUUUCGAAAUAAACGUCAUUGGCACCUUCAACUCACUCCAAGUAUUCCUCCCCCUUGCAGCCCCAAGCGCAAAGGUCAUCUACACUGGGUCUGGUAUAGGUCACUGGGCGCCGAUGGCUGCAGUGCCCGGAGUGUUCAGCUAUGCUGCGGCCAAAGCAGCAGCUUUGAAGAUGGUAGACUACUUCGCGUUCGAGAACCCUCACAUCCAUGUCGUCAGCAUCCAACCUGGGAUCAUUGCGACGGGAAUAAAUCCUGAUCUUAGUGUCGGGUUUGAUACAGUAGAGUUGCCAGCUCACUUUAUGGUUUGGCUUGCUUCUGCAGAAGCUGGAUUCCUGAGAGGAAAGUUCGUCUGGGCAAAUUGGGAUGCGCAAGAGCUUCUGGCCAGAGCAGAAGAGAUCAAAUCACCUAUGUUGUUGAGAGUCACCUUGAGUGGGGUUGAAAUGUGA